UCACACCUGUACCUACUACUUGUGGGCGCACAGGCAGGAGGAACUGAACGGCCAAAGCAAAGCACAUCCUUCUGUCACUGCAUGUGUGAGAGCUCACAAGACAUCACAGCAAGAAUCAGACUGUCUGAGAAUCAGUCAGUGUUAUGAAUCUAACGCUCAGUAGCAUGUUAUGAAGUCCAAUGUUCUGGCUGACUUUAAUCCUGGUCCUGCUGCACCUCACCCGGGGAAACAAUCGGCUGACUACAGGUCCAUGUUUCGGCCGGUCUCUGGGGAUCAGCCCAUCCAGGACUCAGUUCUUCAAACGGGAGAGUUUCACGUUAUACUGUGGAGCUGAUGAGCGUAUAAUGACUAACUCUAAAUCAGUUACUUGCUCUCAGAAGAGCCAUGAAUGUAAUAUUACAUCGGCAGGAGAACAUCACAGCGGUUCUUACUGGUGUGGCUCUAACUCUGGAGAACGAGGGGAAGCGGUCAACAUCACAGUGACUGCAGGGUCUGUGAUCCUAGGGAGUCCUGUCCACCCUGUACCAGAAGGCAGUCCUGUUACACUUCGCUGCCUGACGUCCCACAAGUCCAGUAAACAGCUGGUUGUUGUGACCCGGAUAAACAAGUCCUGUACCUUCUCCAGAGAUGGACGGCUCAUUGGGGUCGGUUUGACGGGAGAGAUGAGUUUUGCUGCUGUCAACAGAUCUCAUGAAGGCCUCUACACGUGUACCUUCUCUGGUGUUGAGUCUCCAGGGAGCUGGCUGGCUGUCAGAGGUGAUCUCCUUUCCUCAGCAACCUCCUCCACCGAACCCCCCCCCCCCACCAAUCACCACCUGCUCCUCCCAUUGGUCUACGCUGGACCGCCCCUCCUCCUGAUGGUUCUUCUGGGAAUAGUCGGAGGAUGCUGCUGGAGAAGGAGUCACAAAAAAGCCGAAGAAGCUGCCUCAGAGGAAGAGGGUCAUGCGGAUGUAGUCCAAAAUAAGACAAAGAAGAAAGAGCGAGAUAGGUCAGACUGUGAGACUACAUGUAGUUACGGAGAAAGUCUGCAACCCCAGCCCAUCAGAAUACAAGAUCCGCCUCUCUACAGUCUCCUGGGUUCCAACAGAUCGUUGCAGUCUGUUGCAGACACAAAAUGUCAACAAUUGUGGCUUCCUGAUAAGAAUUUAAAACGAUGAUAAGAUCUGUCCUUCCACAUGCUUGAACAAAUUCUAAAUCACUUAUGUAUUGUGCUUGAUUCUUACCAUAUACAGCUUUUAGUUUGGAUCUUUUAUCAAGUGUAAAAACAUGGGGUUGAAGAUCCACUUGAGUUCACUGUGGUACCUGUGGUGCCGUUUGUCAUUUGCCUGGGGUAACUACUGCUGGACACAUGAGAUAAGCAUAUAAUGUUGUCAUCACAAAUAGAGAUAAGGGAUGUAGGUAGUUUAGUUUGAUGUGUUUUAGUUAGUCUUAUCAGGUGUCUGACUACUUGGCGGAUGGUUGAACUGUAAAAUAAAGAAGACAUUUUGUCAGAUGUGGGUUGUUGUGCUUUCUACGUCAGUGGUUCUCAACCUUUCUGGGGCUGCUGAGGCCAACCAUGACCCCAACAAGACAUUCCAGGCACACCAACUUGAAAUUGUAGGGAAUGAUUAUUAAGGUGCACACAAACACAUUGUUACUAGGAUAUCCUAUCAGCAAUAUUUCACCCAAAUCAGAAUAUCCAAAACAAGUAAAAUUCAUACACGCUCUUGGAAACUGCAUAUUGCAGGCAAUUGAAUAUUUGUCAAAAUAUGCAUUUGAGAUGCACAAUGUGAUCAGGGUGUGAAAUGUUAAUGGAGGUGAUUUUGCAGGGUACUUGACCUUUUCAAAACUAGCAGGUCAUCAACUGUCGAAUGUUCCCGUUUCAGGGCGAUCCAUUUAUUUUUAUAAAGUGUUAAAUAGAUCCGACAGCGAUACGACAUGCAGUUCACAUAAAAAAGUCAAGUAAGUAGAACUCAUACAGGCUCAUAGAAAUGGCAUAUUGAACAAAAACAAAGCAUGAACUUGCAUUUUGUGGAAUAAUGAAUGAUAAUGAGACAAAUUCAGAACAUUUAGUCCAAAUGAUAUUGUUAAUGCUUUAAGUAAAACAAUAAAUAUACUUAAAGUAUACAUUAGGUUUCACUAGCUCACCAUGUGAAAUAUGAAUUGCAUUUCACGGUCCACCAGCGUACAUUUUUUGACUGGAUAAGAGUCACUGCUCUAGUUGAGAAACACAUUUAGGGCGGCCUGUAUAGCGUCUAUUACAGAAAAGUUGGUGGCCUACUUAGUGUCUAAACGGAACUACAGACAGCUUGUGGUGAGGUGUGGAUGGUGAGAAAGCAGUGGUUUAUAUGUGUUAACCUGCCGGUGCACUUGGUUCUGCACGUACCGACAACAGCAACUAGGGUGUCUCAUCAACAACUCACCACGAUGUUCCAUUUGAGCUGUGGUGAAUGCUUAGUAUCUGUAGUGAAUCCGUAUUCAAACAGACACUUUAUUGGGAAGCUAAUGUACUUUGAAUAUCUGUAGAUACCAUAUUAGGUAUCUAAUGUACUGUGAGUAUCAGUCCAGACACUGUAUUAGAUAUCUGUAAUGGUUAAAUAAAUGUCAUUAGGUUAGGAAGGCUGAACCUACCUACUACCUGGUGUCAUUAUCUUACUGUAUUGGUAAGAGUUAUAGUUUGGAAACUGAAACGGUGAACCGGAAACCACAUCCUCAACACUGCCUUCACCAGAGAAAACCUCAGAAAAUGGUCCAGUCAGUGCCACCGGGGAAAGGGUGGAAGUCUUCAUCAGUAC